AUGUCUAAGUCUGUUGCGCGCUGCCCGCAGUGCCACACGGAACUGCGUAAGUGCCUCAUACAGCAGAACUACAGCAUCGUGAUUUGCCCGAACGAGCAGUGCAUGUAUCCGUUCAAUGAGGCCGAGGUGAUCCAGCACCUGGUGCAGACAAGUGACAAGGAAAUCCUGGAGGCUGCAAAGGUGCGGCUGAAAAACGAUAAUAUCACAGGCAGCGGAGGCGCGCUCAUGGAAUAA